AUGUUGCACAAAGAGAGAUCGCAGCACCUGCGAUACCCGGGACAAACGCCACAAUCAACGGCGCAAGUGGACCAUAUACAGCACUACGUGACCCGCGUCGAAUACAGCAUGCGUGCGAACCCUGCAGGCUCAAAAAGACGAAAUGCAACGGAGAAAAGCCAGUAUGUCGGCGUUGUCGUGGAUUGGGAUUUGUUUGCCUUUAUGGAGACCAAAAGCGGGACAAAGCAAAGAAGUACGUCCAGACGCGCACAUAUAAGCCAGACUAUCGAACCUGACAGAGGCUGUGGUAGGAUCGGUCAAAAGCUAGCUGAUUGCGAGGCUUUGCUUAAAGUUUUGGCGAACAGAGUUCCCGAGCCCGAAGCGAAGCUCAUAAAGGCAUAUUUAGGAGAAGAAACCGCGAGGAACUCGGACACACAAGACACCGACGUUGAAGCUGCUCCACGGUCUGGGACUAAUGAACAUCGGGGGACUUAUGCAACCAGUUCUGAAGGUUCAACCGAGCCGGCUCUGACCGGAGAGACCCCGUAUGGUACAAAAGAGGACUUUACGCGUAAAGGGGCAACAGUAACUGGCUUUAUGGGGCCGACUUCUGAGGUGACGUGGAUGCAGACUGUACUGAAUGAUAACAAUCUCGACGACUUGCGGCUAACUUCGACGCAUUCUCCUAGCGACGCUGAAAGGACCUAUGCUGACUUCCCUUUGUCACGUUCCGGACAACUUCUUGGAAAUCAUAGAGCCCAUUUGGCGGAGGCAGAUCACUCCUUCACGAUAAACAGCAUGAGUUACCAUUUGGAUGAUACUCCGCUUUCGGCCUUAGAACGUGUUGAACCAUACGAUAUGCCACAGGCCGAGACUGCCCAGUUUCUGUUUUAUACUUAUCUCCAACACGCGCAUUCAACGUUCCCUGUCAUUGGAAAAUCAACCCUUACAUCACAAUUUCACCGAUUCUUGUCGAAUCCCUUUCAAAGACCUCCUGACCUGUGGCUCGCAAUUAUCAAUACUAUUUUUGCCAUUGCCGCCAGGUAUGCCUCUCUUGUUCGGCCCGACCGCCACGGAAAUAUCGAAGACCAUCUUGUGUACUUCAACCGGGCCAGAUAUCUCGCUAUCAAUAGCGAGACAUUGUUUGACUUCCCAGACCUGCAGCUUAUCCAGGUAUUCGGAUUGAUGUCUUUCUAUUUUCUCUGCACCAGCCAAAUCAACAGAGCUUGGGUAUUGAUAGGGAUUGCUAUGUCACACGCAACGGCCCUUGGCCUGAACUUACGGAACGACAGUACGCAAUUAAAAGACCAAUUGAAGGAAAUCCGCUACCGAGUUUGGUGGAGCCUCUAUGUUCUCCAGCAUCGACUUUGCAUAAUUACCGGACGCGUCACUUGUGUCUUCGACCAACAAUGCUCAACGCCGCUCCCAGUUCCCCUGGAAGAGAACGAAUUUGAUACAGACAGAGGUGUGGAACUCCUUGGCAAGGAAUACCAACAAGGUCCUCGAGCACCGCCUUCAAAUAUGCUUGCCCGGAACCGAUCGACAUCCACAAGUUUCACCGAUGGAGAUCGUUCUUUUCCGCCGCACCAACGAUUCCAAUCAUCGAGAACCAUAUCGAUGCCACAAGUUGGAUUAUCCUGGGCAAAAGAUGUUAUGGCUAACCCAUCCCUUUAUUUUCUCCAUCUCACGCAGCUAGCAAGACUCAGCCAAAGUAUCCUUUCUCAGAUUCACAGCGUUGCUACUAGCCCCCAUCUGCAGUCCCGACUCGAAGAUAUUGAAAUUCAACUUGAAGAUUGGGCUCGCAAUCUUCCGCCAGUUUUCGACUUCCGAUGCAACAAUAAGGAACAGAGUUCCCGUGAACUCAGACUUAGUCUAGGGUUCUUCUACUAUGGAACCCAGCUAAUAACCUAUCGAUCUGUUUUGGACGGAUUUCCAGAUCUAAACAUUACCCGUCAGUCCAAAGAUUCAGAUACCUUGGACUGUUCAGCUGCCACACGUUGCGUUGAAGCAGCGAAGGCUAUAAUCCACCUGGUCCCUGACGAGUCCAAUGCCGAAGGUAUUAUGCAGUGUGGGCCUUGGUGGUCUGUUUUACCCUGGCUCGUGCAAUCAACCUCGGUCUUAAUUCAUUGGCUAUCUUUCCCUGUGUAUCGUGCAGCUGAAGGUUUUCGCGAUACCUUUGAGACUUUGAAGAGAGCAAUAAGGCUGCUCCACGUACUCGGCGAGCACAACCUCUCUGCCAGCCGAGCCUGGAGCCGAUGCGACUUUACCUUGCGUGCAGUGGCAGCCAAGGCAGAUAUGGACCUUAAUGAUCUUCCAGAGCAGACUAUCUUUCAUGGUGCUCCUUCAGCACACGGUACACUAAAUACUAUAGGAGUAGCUUCACAUGAGGCGACGACACUUUUCCAACACUACCCCUCCGCCCAUACGAUCCUUACGACGACCCAGGCACUUUCACCUCCUCAAAGCCUCGCCGGUUUAAAUGGCCUUAUGCUUUUUGACCCCCAACUCGGAUGGAGUGAGCAUGUCGAACUGAGCCGUGCAGACGGGGAGUUCCAUCAGCAUGCCACCUAUUGA